GAAUUAAACAUCAACUUACAUGGACCGACAGCUUUGAAUAAAUACCCGGAUUUCACAUAUUAAAACUCGAAUAAUCACAACUUCUUUGCUCAAUUAAGGAUCGAUCGGUUAUAAAAGUACUAUGGAUUCGUCUAUAGGCCAGCCAGGAGCGGCCGAGACCCAGCAAAUCCGGGUCAAUUUCACCACAACAUCUCCAGAUCUUCAAUUGCCAGAAGGCCGAACCCAAUUGCUCGUGCCAGCAGAUAUCAAGCGAUAUGGCCUCUCCCGCGUCCUCAACUCGGAGUCUAUGCUCGACACCCCGUCGCCUAUCCCCUUCGACUUCCUCAUCAACGGCAGCUUCCUGCGCACUUCGCUCGAGGACUACCUCAAAGCCAACGGGCUCUCCGCCGAAUCUACAGUCACCGUGCAGUACGUCCGCAGCUUAAUACCGCCCGUGUUCCAGGCUAGCUUCGAGCACGACGAUUGGGUUAGCGAUGUCGACGUUCUGUCUGAAACCUCGCGCGCGGGUGUCUGGAGCGGAGGGAAGUUUGUGACGGGCCAGGACAGGAUUUUGUCGGCGUCGUAUGAUGGUCUGCUGAGGAUAUGGAAUAAAUCCGGGAAUGUAAUUGCGACUUCUUCGUCCAGCAGCCUAGGCGGCCACAGCGCUAGCGUUAAGUCUGCGAAAUUCAUAUCCGCGUCGCAGGUUGCGUCGGCCGGGCUCGACCGCACAGUCCGCAUAUGGAAGUAUACCGAGGCUGAUGACUACCUCUCCGGUACUCUGAAGCCCACCCUCGAGCUGUACGGGCACAAGUCUGGCAUCGAAUCUCUCGAUGUCCACGGCCCGACCGGACGCAUUCUAACCGCCGCCAGCGACGGCACCAUCGGUCUCUGGACAACAUCCAAAUCCGCCGCCCCCGCCGCCCCAGCAGCCCUCCUCCCCGGCGCCAACGCCUCCGCCUCCAAGAAACGCAAACUCACCUCCUCAGCACCCCAACGCGGCCCCCUCUCCCUAACCCAACCCCACACCGCCGCCGCCUCCGCCGCGCUCUUCGACCCGGCCGAUGCCACGGUGGCGUACACCGCAUCCCAGGACCACACCAUCCGCACCAUCGACCUAACGACUAGCAAAGUCGAAAACGUAAUCACCACCUCGCACCCGCUCCUCUCGCUAUGCGCUAUCCGGCGCCACGGCAACAGCGUGCUCCUCGCAGCAGGCACUUCAGCACGCCACAUCACGCUUGCAGACCCGCGGGCCGGCGCGGCCGCGACCUCGGUGAUGACGCUGCGCGGGCACCGGAACAUGGUUGCCGCCGUCGCGGCGUCGCCCGAUAACGAGUACAGCCUAGUCUCCGCCUCGCACGACGGCACGUGUCGGAUCUGGGACCUGCGGGGCGCGCGCGCGGGCACGCGGGCCGAGGGCGGGGGCGCGGUGAGUGAGUCUGUGUAUGUGAUUGAGCGGGAGAGCCAGAAGGCUUCGAAUAGCAAGGGUGGUGAUGUACCGGGCCGAGGCGCCAAGGUGUUUGGGGUGGCGUGGGAUCGCAGCUGGGGGAUUGUUAGUGGUGGGGAGGAUCGCAUGGUGCAGGUGAAUCGGGGGAGGGAUUUGCUCGCGGUUGGCUAGAUGGUAGUUGAGACUUUUGUUUUAUUUUAUGCGAAGUGGGCAAGUGAGUGUGAGUGAGUGACUGGACGAGUUAGUUACGUCGACAGGUGACAGGCGAUGGUGAGAAUGGUAUCGGUGGUUAAAGAACGGCGGUUAUACCUGGGGAAAAUAUGGAUGGAUGUUCAGAUGUUCAGUAUAGGUAGGUACCUAUCUGCCUACCUACUUAAGGUAUAUAUAUACCCCUCUUAGAUCUAAUACGAGUAGUAUGCAUGUA